UCAAAAGCGAGACCUUUCUUUUUAAUAUUCGAGCCACCCGUUGUCAUCGUGAUCCCCGAAGUCUGCCGACAAAUGCUUUGUUCGGACUCGAGUAUGUGCUUCGCUCAGGCAAGCUAGGCGAUCCUCAAGAUUUUCUCGAUACAAACAUCCUUCCUUGCUUGGAUGCUGCUAGGAUCUUAUACAAUGACUGGUACGCUUGAUAUUACGCCAGUUGCUUUCGGCGGUGACCCGAUACUAUUCAGGACCAUCUUGAAGGAACGUGAGACGACUCGCAUUUCUCAAUUAUCUCUAUCGCCAAGCAAGAUAUUUAUGCCCUUAUCGAAUGUUACAAAUAAUCACAACAGUCCCGCCAAACGUCGUAUAUCACACGCUGUAACCUCGGUUCCUACGAAGAAACGAAAUAGAGAGUUAAAAUCCACCGGGUCAAGUAUCGUGCUCAUGACCAACUCUUCAAGGAAAAAUCCUACAGCAAGGAGGAGGACAUAUUCGGUCAAUUUGCAUGUCGACAAAGAAAUGAUGACUCGGAGUAUUUUGAUCAUGCCUCCGGUCAUGCAAGAGAGCGACAUUCAACAGUUGAUGAAAAUACUUGAGGAAACUGUUGAACACGUUGAAGAAUCGGAAAUUUUCGCCUCGGGCCCCAAUUUUCAGAACUAUGCUGUACCGAGCAAUGUUUCUCCAGACCUCAGAUCAUCCAUCCUCUCGGAAUCGGUUUCCCUUCCGGCCAACUGUUUUCUUCCAGAGAUAUAGAAACAUCUGCAAAUGGGAGAAGCUUAUAACACGCGUGCUCUUCGUCUUUCUCGAAUUCUAUAUUCUCGGUGUUCGCUAC